AAACACGCCUAAACUAACCUAUAGGCCUAUGCCAAUCAAAAUGUGUUGAAUGUAGCUAAUAUUUGUCAUUUUAAUGCUCAGGGUGAGCUGAAGUGCUAUAGUCUGUCAGAUAAGUGGUCUAGGGAUCAUAACCCUGUUGCUUUAUGUUUCUUUGGGAUGAAAUUUAAGUAACAUUAAUUGCAUCGACAUUUUUACAUUAAAAUACGCUUUCUUGAACCCUUUCUUCCAGAAGAAACCCGAUGUUUUAAAAAGGAAACCAACAGACAAAGACCUUGGACGGCUGUCGAGAUACUUGCAUCAGGAGAAUGCUACCGGUCUCGCUUCCCGUCUCAUGUUACCCUUUGCACUCAUUGAGGCUGACUGGGCAGCGCAUAGUAAUUUAGACGAAAACAGCCAACGACUAUACAUUCUUAACCGCUGGAGAGGAAGAAAUGAAGCAGAAACUCUUGAAGGUUUGAUACAUCGCCUCAAGGGAGAUUAUGAAUUUGAAUAUCUCCAAAACCAGGUAGAAGUGCAUCCUGCGAGAAAACAUUAUGAUAUUCCUAAAAUAUUGCUAGAUUCCACUCCGGGAAGUAACUGUGAUCUCAUAGCUGCAGCUGAUAGUGUUGGUGCACUCUAUCCAUUCUUGAUGUUGGAACUUGGCUUGUGUUACAAAGAAAUAGAAGUUGUUCGCGAGAAGAACCCAAACAACAUGUGGAAAAUCAUUUUUACCUUGUUAGAGAAAUGGAGACAGCAGCAUCCAAAAGAUUGUACGACAAGAAAUCUACUCGACACUGCAAGUUUUGUUGGGAUAGAUACAACACAGAUACAGAAAAUGGUUUAAAGAUCGUAGAAACUUGAUGCCUCUAAUAACACAUUAUGUUUCUUAUCAUACAAAAAUGUAGCUUAGAUUUUCACAAAAGUAUGUAUUUGAUCACUGCAGAGAUUUUACCAUAAUUACACACGUUUGAUGUUUUCUCUUUUGUUUUUUCAUCGCUUUAUUUGCUUUAUGUGAGUUGUCUGUUAUUUUUCAUGUUUUUUGUGUUGUCUAUCACAUGUGUUUCCAUUAAUGAAUUUUAUAUGUAAGCACAUAACCUGUGUAAUAUGUAUCUCUAGCUGACAAAAAUGCAUCUUUGCGAUGCUCUGAACUCAUACAUCAUUUACAUGUGUGCCUGUGUAUAAUAAACUUUUUAUUACAACUCUAUAUAUUUGUAGAUAACUCAUCAACACAAUUAACAAAAAAUAUGUAUCUAACAUUUUAUUUGAAAAUGUAUGGACAUUUCUUAAAAUAU